AUGGAAAGUUUUUCCCAUACCGUGGGAAAUCUCCUGCCCUAUCAUCUCCUCUCUUUCGGCACUCUACUCGGGACAGAGCUUUACCAGAGCUUUGUCAACACCAAGAUCUGCUUCCAGGCACUUCCUAUGCGCGAGUUCAUCGCGCUGCAGAAACGCCUGUUCCCCGCAUACUUCGGGUGUCAGGUAGGCCUGACUGCCCUAACGGCUGCAACGCACCCACCAUACAGCAUUGUAUCUCUGGUUAAGGACCCAUGGAGUGCAGCGCCGCUGGCAGUGAUUCUAAUAACGGGAUCUCUGAAUUGGUGGGUGUUUGGGCCGCGCACGACGACGGCGUCGCUUGUGAGGAGGGCACUGAAAGAAAGUAUCAAUGCCAGAACAAAAGAUGAUGGGAAGAUCCACCAGGCCAACCGCACCUUCUCCCGGAACCAUGCUAUGUCCAUCCAUCUCAAUGCCAUUGCUUUGGUCGCAUCCAUCUGGUAUGCAUUUUCGCUAUCCUCUGGUCUUACGGUGGGCUCGUAG